AUGGCGCGCGAGGAGCUCGAACAAGAAAUCGAGGCCAUCGCCGCGAUAUACCCCGAAUGCCUCGACCGUCUCUCGGACACCCAGUGCAUGCUGAGAGUGCCCGAGCACGAGCACGUCAGCGUCCAGGUGUCGUUUCCGACUGGGUACCCCACCGACGUUCCGCCGCAGGUUCUGUCGGUUCAGGUCGGCAAAGCCAGCGGCGACAGCCGGUCGCUUCGCGACCGGCUGGAGCAACUGAUGUCGGAGGUGUGGGUCCAGGACGUGUGUAUUUUUGAUUUUCUGACCAGCGCAGGCGCGCUGUGCGAGACUGAGCAAAUAGGGGAGCCUUCGGAGACCCCGGAGCUUGUCGGUCCCGCGGAGCUUCCAGAUGCCGCGGAGCCGCAGCAACGGCCGCUCCGGCCCUUAACGCCGCCCGUCUGGUUCCAGAGCGAGCCAGUCUACGACCGAGGCUCGACUUUCCAGGCGUUUGCCGUGGCAGCCACCAGCGAGGACAGCGCCCGUGCAAGCCUCGACCUCCUGCGGCUAGAGCCCAAAAUCGCCCGGUCGCAGCACGUGAUCUCCGCCUGGCGCAUUCACGGCUCCGGAAGCGUUACGUACCAGGACUGCGACGACGACGGCGAAACCGCCGCCGGGGGCCGCAUAUUGCAUUUGCUGAGUGUCAUGGAUGCGUGGGACGUCGUGGUCGCCGUCGUCCGCUGGUUCACGGGCACUCACAUCGGGCCCGAUCGGUUCAAACACAUCAACUCUGCUGCCCGCGAAGCAGUGCUUCGCGGCAGCUUCGCCGAGGCGUCCAAAGGCGGCAAGAAGAAGAAGUAA